AUGACUCCCACAAUAGUCGCCAGUGUGAACGUAAUGCUGGAUAAAUGGAGCCUGUUUGAAGGGACGGAGAUUGAUAUGUUCGAUGAAUUUAAGGUUUUAACAUCAGAUCUAAUCUCCAGGUCAGCUUUUGGAAGCAACUACUUGGAAGGGGAGAAGUUAUUCAGGAUGCUGUCAAAAAUGGUUUCCUUCUUUUCCAAAAAUGAAUUCAAAAUUACAACUCCUGGAUUUGGUAAACUUGUGAAAACGCAUGAUGAUAUUGAAGGAGACAAACUCCAACAAGGUAUACGGGCCUCCAUCGUGGAAAUAAUAAAGAGAGAAGAGAAUGUGAAGACAGAAGAAUUGGAUAGCUAUGGAAGUGAUUUUCUUGGAAAUCUACUAAAAGCUUAUCACACAAAGGACGAGACUAAGAAAAUAUCUAGAGAUGUGCUGAUAGACGAGUGCAAAACAUUGUUCACUGGAGGAUAUGAAACUACGACAAAUCUACUCUCCUGGACCAUUCUUCUUCUCGCAACUCAACACCGAUUGGCAAGACAAGGCAAGGAAAGAGGUUCUCGAAUUAUUUUCCCCGCAAAUCCCAGAUAG